AUGGCGAGCGCGAGCGAGGUCCGUCAGAGGGGCUCCGGCCCCGGGCGCGACCUGAACGCCGCGAGGGUCGCGUACGACGCCCUCGACGUCGACCUGAGCAGGGUAGCGCACGACGCGAAGAAAGCGCACGGCUCCGCGGAGGCGCACGCGGGCGCGAGCGGGAAGUACGUCAAGUCGUUAGUCUUCGGCGGUCUGGACGGGAUCAUCACGACGUUCGCGGUCGUCGCCGCGUCCGUGGGAGGGUCGCUCGGGAGCGACGUCAUCCUCUUGAUGGGGUUCGCGAACCUCGUCGCGGACGGGCUCUCCAUGGGAUUCGGAGACUACCUCUCGUCCAAGGCGGAGUUCGAGUACACCCGCGCGGAGCACAAGCGCGAGAAGUGGGAACUCGACAACUACCCCGAGGGCGAGAAACGGGAGAUGGUCGAGCUGUACGUCGCGCGCGGGAUGACGGAAGCGGACGCGGAGAACGUGAUCGACGUCAUGGCGAAGUACCCAAACUUUUUCCUGGACGUCAUGAUGGUCGAGGAGUUGGGGUUGAUGCCCCCCGACGACGGCGAAUCGCCGGCGAAGAACGGCUUGGUCACGUUUCUCGCGUUCGUCUGCUUCGGGUUCGUCCCGCUGACGUCGUACGUCCUCGCGGGGGUCACUGGCGCGAGCGCGGACGCGAACUUCAUCGCCGCGUGCGUUCUCACCGCGCUGAUGAUGCUCGCGCUCGGCGCCGCGAAGGCGAAGUUCACAAACCAGAGCACGACGCGGUCGGCGGCGUUGAUGUUGUUAAACGGGUCCAUCGCGGCGACGGCGGCGUACCUCGUGUCCUGGGGGAUCUCCAGCGCGCUGUGACGACGCGCCGCGUGAUUGUGUCGCUCGGCCGCCGCUAGCUCGCUAUUCUAUAUAUUCCUAUUCAUAUU